GACCUUAGACUCCUCGGGCGCGAAACUGCCGGACGGAUCCCUCCACGAAGCCACGCCACCCCCAUUGCGGCAUUGCCAUGUGAGAACCGAGAAGGCAGGCCACCCCCAUUGCGAAACUCGGAUCUGCAUCUGCAUCGCGUCUUGAACACGCGUUCACGCCACUGCGAGGAGGGAGACGAUCAGACGAGGAAGAGAUCGAUGGUGCACGGUACGCUGGAGGUGCUGCUCAUCGGGGCCAAGGGCCUCGAGAACACCGAUUACCUGUGCAACAUGGACCCGUACGCAAUUCUCAAAUGCCGCUCGCAGGAGCAGAGGAGCAGUAUUGCAUCAGGCAAAGGGAGUAGCCCUGAAUGGAACGAAAACUUUGUCUUUACCGUGUCAGACCAAGCUACAGAUCUAGUUAUCAAGCUCAUGGACAGCGACUCGGGCACAGCGGACGAUUUUGUUGGAGAAGCAACGAUUCCUUUGGAAGCAGUUUAUACGGAAGGGAACAUUCCACCGACAGCUUAUAAUGUUGUGAAAGGUGAACACUACUGUGGAGAAAUCAAAGUUGGUCUCUCAUUCACCCGUGAGGAUGUUCGCGAGCGUGGUCUUCCCGAGGACUUCGGUGGAUGGAAACAAUCUCAUUGAGCAGACUGGAGGAACAAUCGCCCCUUGAAACACCAUCUCAUGCAAAUACAAUAAACUCAGUCAGUUUGUUUUUUCUUUUGAGCCCUAAGUCAUUUUGACUUCAAAUCAUUUUAAAAGUAAUAUGCGAAUUUCGCGAAUGUCAACAAUAUAGCAGCAAUUCAUCUGUUAUAUGCAUUCUUGGUACUGGAAAUAAUAAUAAUUUUUCGGCGCCUUCCUGAAACAA